CCUCUCUGUUUUUUCUUCCAGGUUGUGCACAAGACCCUCAAUGUUGUUGGCAUUGCCGUGCUGUGCUGUGCUGUGCUGUGCUGUGCAAGGCUCGGGGAUGUAUUAAUACUGGUGGUGAUGAUGGCCACGACACACUGACACACACACACACACACACACACACACACACACACACACACACACACUGAUAGCACCACACACAUACAAGACUUAAGGGAGGAUAUAUCACGUAACACACCACACAUACACACGCACAAGAGUAAUACAUAUAUACACAUGCAGAUAUACCUUCCUAACAAUAUAAAAUAAACAGUGAGCGUGAGAAAACAGGAAGGUCUUAGGACUAAUCCUCGUUGGUGAUAAGAGAGAUGCACUGUAGAUCAUUGCUGUGGGCCUCACCGGAAGGGAGGGUGAGGUUAAUAGAUACGGAAGAGAUGGAUGGGGAAGAGAAGCUGAAAAAAAUAAUAGAAUAAAAAUGAAUUAGAGUUGGAUGGUAAACCGGAUCAAGUGCAAGGCAAAGGUGAACGGUAACGAUGAGGCCCGGGGGUACGAGAGAGAGAGAGAGAGAGAGAGAGAGAGAGAGAGAGAGAGAGAGAGAGAGAGAGAGAGAGAGAGAGAGAGAGAGAGAGAGAGACUCGCCUUUCUCUUUAACGCUGCUGUGACAAGGGAUGAGGAGGGAAACGAGUGCCCUGCAGUGAGGAGGGCAAGGCACAGGGACGGCAGGGACAGGGAGAGGGAGAGGUGCUUCAGGGAUGAGUGCUUGUGACUACUGAGGGAGAUAUGGACGGUAGCUGGGGAGAAGCAGAGAGAGCGAGAGUGAGGAGGAGGUCAGGGAAGAGCAAACAGGCAGGUGAGAACUUUGUGACGUCUCUUUCACUCAGCCAUACACUCACUCAGUUGUCGUAAGCUUGGAAACACAAGAACUGGUGUGGUGAAACAGAAAAGUUUAUGCCGCGGUUUGACAUUUCCCGCCCUGAAUACUGAACACGCCGGGCAUUAGUAAGGGCGGCCAAAGGUGGGUGUGUGGUGUGUGGCAGCAGCAGUCAGUGACUAGUGCCGGCGGGUGGCGGCGGCGGCGGUGUUGGAGGUGGUGCCUUACAAGGCGUGCAGGAAAGCCAUGACGGCUUUGGUGGCAGCAUGCAGACGGGCGGCAACGGACGGUCUGCCAAGUCUACCUGGGCUGGGCGGACUAGCACCCUGGCUGCUGCUGGCGGCGUGGACACAAGCGGCCGUCGCAAGAGUCAACGUGAAAUGGAGCCUUGUGUCGCUGCCUGUGUGUCACGUCAUGGCUGGGAGUCACGUGAGGGGUUUAUGGUUGAAUCUCGAGGGAACACGGGCGGAAAUGGAGGGAGGUGAUAAAGGAUUCCCACCGUUGCCCCUUCGCCACUCCCAGCCGGCAUAACGAGAGGUGUGUGACGGCCGCUGCCUGCCUGCCUGCCUGCCUGCUGCUGGUGUUACUUUUACUGCCUGCCUCCUUGCUUCGUUAAGGCAUUCAAGAGCAAGGGAGUGAGGAGAAAAGCUUAGUCCAGUCUGCUGUCUGUGCAUCAAGCCUGAGCUGGUCUGCUCCCACGAUGCAGCGUGUGGCAGUGUUAGCAGACACGGCUCUUGUCUGCACCUCAUCCUCUUAAAGAUAUGAGGCCACAGUUUGCUGAAGCUGUGCAAGGCUCAGCCAGACCAGCGGUGGGUUGGGGCAGCUGGCAUGGACAGUUACAAGUAUCGCAUCUGUGGGGAGGCUGGCGCUGAGCUGAUCAUUCCUGUCCCUACAGGCACCACCGUCUGGCUCGAGCAGCACCAGAAAUUGCUGGGUGAGAUAAACUGUGCAGGAGACAAGGUGUUGGUGGCUUGAGGUGGGCAGAGCAGCAACCCCAGCAACCAGUACAAUGGGCAGAAGGGACAGGGACACAUUGUGAAGCUGAAACUGAAGCUGUUGGCUGAUGUGGGUCUGGUGGGCUUCUCUAACGCUGGCAACAGCAUUAGGGAAGCCUGAGGAACAGUGGUGUUCCUCAGGGUUCUGUCCUGUCACCCACUCUUCUUAUUAUUCAUUAAUGAUCUUCUAAACCAAACUUCUUGUCCUAUCCACUCCUACGCUGAUGAUACCACCCUGCACUUUUCCACAUCUUUUCAUAGACGUCCAACCCUUCAGGAGGUAAACAUUUCACGCAGGGAAGCCACAGAACGCCUGACUUCUGAUCUUUCUAAAAUUUCUGAUUGGGGCAGAGCAAACUUGGUAUUGUUCAAUGCCUCAAAAACUCAAUUCCUCCAUCUUUCAACUCGACAUAACCUUCCAGACAACUAUCCCCUUUUCUUCAGUGACACUCAAUUGCCCCCCUCUUCUACACUGAACAUCCUCGGUCUGUCCUUUACUUAUAAUCUGAACUGGAAACUUCACAUGUCAUCUCUAGCUAAAACAGCCUCUAUGAAGUUAGGUAUUCUGAGACGUCUCUGCCAGUUUUUCUCAUCCCUCAGCUGCUAACUCUGUACAAGGGCCUUAUCUGUCCAUGUAUGGGGUAUGCUUCACAUGUCCGGGGGGUUCCACUCAUACUGCUCUUCUAGACAGGGUGGAAUCAAAAGCUUUUCAUCUCAUCAACUCCCCUCCUCUAACUGACUGUCUUCAGCCUCUCUCUCACCGCCACAAUGUUGCAUAUCUAGCUGUCUUCUACUGCUAUUUUCAUGCUAACUGCUCUUCUGAUCUUGCUAACUGUAUGCCUCCCUUCCUCCCACAGCCUCGCUGCACAAGACUUUCUUCUUUCUCUCACCCCUGUUCUGUCCACCUCUCUAAUGCAAGAGUUAACCAGUAUUCUCAAUCAUUCGUCCCUUUCUCUGGUAAACUCUGGAACUCCCUGCCUGCUUCUGUAUUUCCACCUUCCUAUGACUUGAAUUCCUUCAAGAGGGAGGUUUCAAGACACUUAUUCAUCAAUUUUUGACUACUGCUUUGAUCCUUUUAUGGGACUGGCAUUUCAGUGGCCAUUUUUUUUUUAUUGGAUUUUUGUUGCCCUUGGCCAGUGUCCCUCCUACAUUAAAAAAAAAAAAAGUCCACACUGCUGUGGGCCAUCUCCAGCGCCAGACCCAAGGUGGCCAGCUACCCCUCCGACCCUGGGUGUGGUGAAGUACAGUGACAUGCGGCGGCUGACCAUCACUGAUCUGCAGGGACUCAUCGAGGGUGCCUACUCCAACAUGGGGAUGGGGCACCGCUUCCUGUGCCACGUGGAGUGGACACACUUCCUCCUCUUUGUGGUAGACAUCAACAGCUUCCGGCUGUCACCCAAACACCCAUACUGUUCACCCACCGAGAAUGUCAUGCUGGUCAACAGGGAGUUGGAGCUGUAUUCACCUGACCUGCUGAGUAAGCCAGCACUCCUUGUGGUGAAUAAGAUGGACUCCCCCAAUGCUGAGUCUUGCCUGCAGGAACUCCUUCACAACUUUAAGAGGAUGGAGGAUGAGUACAUGGGAACAUAAGAAUACAAGGGAAGCUGCAAGAAUCUGUCAACCCACAAUUGGCAUUUCCUGUUAGAAAUGCCUUCUGAUUUCUACCUAUCAUCCUCAUACCUAAAUUUAUUUGGUCUUCUUUUAAAAGCUCCAUAUUGACAGGACAUUAACAGCCAUAAGAAAAUAGGGGAAGCUGCAGGCAGCCAUCAGUCCUUAACAUGAAAAUCCCUGUAUGAAACAUGCCUGCCUAUUUCCACCCAUCUCCCCCAUCCACAAGUUUGUUUAGUUUUCUUUUAAAGCUUCCUAACGACUCAGCACUAACAACCAGAUUACUGAGUCUAUUCUAUUCAUCAACCACUAUAUUUGAAAACUUUUUCCUUUGUAUCUCAUUUAAAGCUAGCUUUAUCAAGCUUGAACCCACUAUUUCUUGUCCUAUCCUGAUCACUGAACCUAAGGAUUUUGCUCAUGUCAUCCUUGUUAUAUCCCCUAAGUAAAGACCUGAGGGAGGAAGAGAGUAGAGACAUCUUUUAUCAUUAUCUUUUCAUCUCGUUUACUCCUUCAUUCCUGUUGGUUUAAUAUUCUGUGUUUGAAGCACCAAGCCAACUGAUUAUGUGGGACUGAGAUUGUUAUAGUUAUUUUAUACUAUAUUAGGUGAAUAGCCUCUCCAUUAGGGGCUGAUAGGACUAAGAGUGUGAAUGAUGUGUGUAUGAGUGGAUGGUGCUUUGUCUGGGCCACCCUGUGUGGGAUUGCCAACCUGGUAUAUGGACAGAUGGACAGAUAGAUACAUGGUCAAUAAUUUG